AUGGCGGCCGCAGACGCGCCCAAGUCGGCUUUUCAGCCAAGGUACAUUGAUAUCGGCAUCAACUUGGCCGAUCCCAUUUUCCGCGGCAUGCAUCAUGGGAAGAGACGCCAUCCUGAUGACUUGGACGCGGUCAUCCGCAGGGCACAGCAAGUCGGCUGCUCCAAGCUGAUUGUCACCGGGUCCGACUUUACCAGUUGCCGAGAUGCCCUCGAGAUCGCCAAGCAGUAUCCCAGCAUCGUUUACACCACCAUCGGCAUCCAUCCGUGCAGUAGUGCAAUCUUCAGCACUUUAGAUGAGGGUGCCGAGGGUGCACAUUCCGAUCCCGACCCAGCUCAGGCUAUCCCCGAGCACCAUCAGCCAGACCCUGCCAAGACAGAGGCCAUAGUCUCCGAGCUGCGAGGCCUCAUCAAUCAUGCGGCUGCCUCCAACGCCGGUCUCGUCGCCUUAGGCGAGUUUGGUCUUGACUAUGACCGUCUGCACUACUGUUCAAGGUCCAUUCAAUUGCAUUCGUUCGCUGCACAGCUUGAUCUCGUUCUAGAAAUCCAGCCCCAGCUGCCUCUUUUCUUACACUCCAGAGCCGCCCACCAAGACUUUGUGAGCCUGCUCAAGCAGAAGUUUGGCGAAAAGCUUGAGAAGCUCGAGAAAGGCGGCGUUGUUCACAGUUUCACCGGCACUAUCGAAGAGGCGAUGGAACUGAUGGAUCUAGGUCUUUAUAUCGGCAUCAAUGGCUGCAGCUUCAAGACCGAAGAGAACUGCAAAGUCGUCAAAGAGAUAGCUUUAGAUAAGAUGAUGUUGGAGACCGACGGCCCUUGGUGCGAGAUUCGGCCUAGUCACUUUGGCUACAAGUACUUGAUAGAGAGGAAGCCAGAUGUAAAUGGUCUCACCACCACUGCAGGCACGGAUAUUGCUGCGCAGCCCCAUACGAAGAAGAAAAACCAAAAGAAAGAGUCCGAGGUGCCGGAACGCUUCAAGGUCGUCAAGAAGGAGAAGUGGGAAGAAGGUGCGAUGAUCAAGGGUCGCAAUGAACCGUGUACCAUCGAACGAGUUGCCAAGGCUGUGGCCGGCAUUAAGGAAGUAGAUGUUGAGCAAGUCUGCGAGGUAGCUUGGAGUAACACGGUCAAGGUUUUUGGCCUAGACUAA